AUGGUGAAAGUUAGAGUAAACAGAUUUGGCUGUAUUGGGCACCUAAUUACCAGGGAUGCUUUUAACUCUGGCAAAGUGGAUAUUGUUGCCAUCAAUGACCCUUUCAUUGACCUCACCUACAUGGUCUACAUGUUCCAGUGUGAUCCUACCCACAGCAAAUUAAAUGGUACAGUCAAGGUUGAGAAUGGGAAACUUGUCAUCAAUGGAAAGCCCAUCUCCAUCUUCUAG